GUAAGUCAAACCUCAAAUCACAGCCUGUGUUCUGCCCACUUCAUUGAUAGAAAUGUGAGUGUAGUACAGUCUAUAGAAACUGUGUCUAUUCCCCGAAUAGUGAGGUUUAACAAUAAAAAUAAAGGAUCUAGAAAAAACCUAAUCGUGAUCAAACCAGAUUUUUGUAAAAUUACUGAAUCUCUAAAACUAGGGCUACUAAACAUUAGAUCGCUGACACCUAAGGCAGUUAUCAUAAAUGAAAUUAUCAUGGAUAAUAGUCUUGAUGUAAUUUGCCUUACUGAAACAUGGCUUAAAGCAAAUGAUUAUUUUGGUCUUAAUGAGUCUUGUCCACCUGGCUACCGUUAUAAAAAUAAAUGCCGCCUGAUUGGCCGUGGCGGUGGUGUAGCAACAAUCUAUAGAGAGAUACUUAAUGUUACUCAGAGAACAAACUACAGGUUUAAUUCAUUUGAAAUUCUUAUGCUAAAUGUUACACUCUCAGAUAUAAGUAAAAAGUCGCUACUAUCUCUUGCUUUGGCUACCGUUUAUAGACCUCCAGGGCCUUAUGCUGAUUUCCUAAAAGAGUUUGCAGACUUUCUCUCAGACCUAUUGGUCAACGUUGAUAAAGCGCUGAUUGUUGGAGAUUUUAACAUUCAUGUAGACAAUACAAAUGAUACGUUAGGGGCUGCGUUUACAGAUUUACUAAACUCAUUUGGGGUCGAACAAAACGUCACUGGACCCACUCACCGUCUUAAUCAUACUCUAGAUUUAAUUAUAUCACAUGGAAUAAAUCCUACUGAUAUAGAAAUUCUACCGCAAAGUGAUGACGUCUCUGAUCACUACCUUGUAACAUGCGUACUGCAUAUUGAUGAUAUUUGUCAAAUUGCGCCACGAUAUCGACUAGGCAGAACAAUUCUCCCGACAACUAUAGAUAAAUUCACAAAUAAUCUGCCUGAUCUGUCUCAGCUGCUCAUCGUACCCAAACACGCAAAUGAUCUUGAGGAAAUGACUAGCAGCAUGUGCACCAUUUUUACUAAUACAUUAGAUACUGUUGCACCGAUGAGAUUAAAAAAGGUUAGAGAGAAAAAUACUGUACCUUGGUACAACAGUAUUACUUACGCUAUCAAAAGAGAAACUCGUAAUCUAGAACGCAAAUGGAGACAAACUCGUUUAGAGGUCUUCAGAAUCGCGUGGAAAGACAGCUCGUCCCGCUAUAGAAAGACUCUAAAAGCAGCCAGGGCAGAGCAUCUCCGCAAACUCAUAGAAAAUAACCAAAACAAUCCACGGUUCUUAUUUAGUACAGUAGCUAGAUUAACAAAUAAACAGAUAUAACCAGAACAAAAUGUUUCAUUACAGUUUAGUAGUGAUGACUUUAUGAAUUUCUUUAAUGAAAAAAAUCGAAAGUAUCAGAAAUAAAAUUGUAAAUGUACAACCUUUGACAGAGUUUUAUGAUUCAGCUUUAAUUAUCGCCCCUCAAGAACA